CCCAUGUCAUGGUGAGGGCUGAAUCUAUAAUUCUAUUUAUGUAUAUAUGUAAAAGAGAAAAGGAGAGAGGAGUGACAAAGCUGUUCAAGUUGUACCUGCUGCCUGACUCUGCAGACGCUCGAGAGAGAAGCUGAAGAUGAAGACUUUGGUCGUCCUGGUUCUUUUGUCUCUGGCAGUCGUCUGUCUGACUUCAGGUAAGAUCUGCAAAACCUUUCAAAAUAGAUCAACUCUGAAAUAAAUCACUGAAUAUUAUGAUUUUAUUUCAUUUCAUUUUAUUUGUGCUGUACCUUAAAAUGUGAAACGCUUUCAUAUUCAUCUGUAUUUGAACUCUCACCUUUAACAGAUGUCUCUGAGCCUGCUGGUGACAACCCUGCUCAGGAGGGUAACAUAACUCACCUCUUUUUUCUGUCUGUAUUUUCAGGUUUUUUUUUAAUUGAUACUCUUUUUGUUGUUGUUUUCAGAUCCACCUAGAAAUUUAACAGGUUUUAACAAUUCCUGCGAUUUAGCUUGAAAAAUUUGGAAGGUUUUUUUGGUUUAAGUGCCAAUUAUUUGUGAAAAUUUUUGCUUUAUUGCUGGUAUGUUACACAAAUUUUGGAGCUGUCAAACAAUUCAUUUCAAAUUGCUAUUAAUUGCAUGAUUUGAGUCAGUUCUUACCAAUGAUUUAGGAAUUAAUCUUGAUUUAUAAAUCAAAUAAAUGCAAUGAAAUGUACUUUCUUCUCUUGACUUUAGAAAGUGUCAUUAAAAGAAAUGAGGCACAGCACUCUAUGGCAGUAAAAAAAAUCAUGUCUUACAAAUGACAUUACUCUUACAAAUGUUACUCAGUGUUAGUUUUCCAAAUUAAAUAGGCUCAAUUAAAAAAAAAAAAAAAACAGCUAAAAACCCGAGGACUUCGAUUACACCUUAAACUUUCACACUGUUAACCUGCAGUCAGUUGCCGCCCAUUUAGCAACUUCUUUGAUUUAGUUUCAUCUGCAGCUUUGUGGUGAUUGGCACGUUCCAAAGUCAUGCUCUGCAGGCUUUUGUGAUGCAGUUCCCCAGUGGUGUUAUUAUUUUUCAUCACUGCAGCAAAUAAGGCAGGGAGACCCAUGCUGUCACAUAAUUACAGUGUUCAGAAACUUAAACUUUUGCAGAACUCGAGAGAAAAUCAUCUACAGUUUUCUGUAAUAGAAAUUUAAGAUUAUGAAUAAAAGAUUUAAUCAAACAGAAAGUUACUUAGCAGCAGAUCCUAGAGAAAGGAGAAUAAAAUAGCACAUGGUUAAAACAAUUCAUGUGGUAGUUUCAGACCUUUCUUACAGUGUGAUUAAUGUCUAAACACCACGAUCCUUGAUUUAUGAUGAUAAAAAUGGCAAUUAGAUACUUUCCCACAGAGCUCUGUAUUGUGCCCUGUUUACAUUGUAAUGCACUAAACAGUUUGUAAUUUCCACUGAAUUUCUUUUCAAAGUAUAAAUCUUGUAAAUCUUUUAUCAUUUUAAUUGAUAUUGAUUGACUUAAUGUGUAUUUCUGCAUGGAGGGAAUGUCGCAUCUAAUGUGCAUGUUGUGCAGGUCUGUUUGUGGAGAAGGUGCAGGCCUCUGAAGUGGUGAGACAAAAGAGAGCUACUGGACAACUAUCCAUGUCUCAGCUGGAGAGGUAUUUUACACUCCUCCUAGAGUACAUAGAUGUAGAUGAUGUACACCUAAAAUGGUCAUCUGAAACCUUAACAGUGCCUGUUUAAUAUGUCUUUGUUGAAAAUGUAAUAAACCCUAAAUUGUCCCUAGCAAUUGUUUAAAAAUAAAACUCACUAUAUGCAGAUGAUAUUCUCCUUUAUGUAUUACUAUCUUGAUCUUUACUUGCUUAGCUAGUGUCUCUUUGACAAAAUUCUCAUCUUUCUGACUUUCAGAUGUGCAAUUCAUUGUGAAUUCUCGUGAAAAUUCCAUGAUUAAUUUCAGUGUUUUUCAUAAAUGCCAAAAAACUGUGCACAGGAGCUUUACAGGCCAACAAGAACUUUUACUUCCCCACUGGAUAGAAGUGCAUCUAAAAGUUUCUGUAUUCUAGAUAAAAAGGGUUUCAUUUAUUCAAAGUUUGAUUUAAGAACUAAAAGUUAUCCUUGAUAAGUUUGCAACACUAUGCUGAACAUCAUAUAUUUAAUCAUAUUUUGUCUUUCUCUCCUCUCUCCGCAGUCUGAGAGAAGUGUGUGAGCUCAACCUGGGUUGUGAGGACAUGAUGGACACACAUGGAAUCAUCGCCGCCUACACUGCCUACUAUGGACCAAUCCCCUAUGACUACUAACCCUCACAUCUAACUAUCCAUUUACAGCUGCAUUUCCUUGUACAAUCAUUAUCACCCUUUAGUCUUACAUAUGGUUUUUAUAGUAAAGCCAGAAAGUGUGUACACAAACUGAAAAGUGAGAGAUGUGAGGAAAAUUGUGCAGAAACAUUUGUGAGAGUGGACUAAAAGGGAGAAUACAUGCAUGUCAUGAAUUUUUCUAACUAGCCUGGACUCAGAAAGUUCUCUUAAACUCUUUUUACCCUGUAGAGUAGAAUGAUUUCAUAUAAUAAAAUCUGAUGAAACUCUG